CUACCCUUAUACUGACUAACGCCCUGUGACAACCGAAAGAACCUGCCUGUUACUAUCCUAUAUAGUUACACAAAUUCCUGUCACUUCCCUGACAAGUCUCGAUUUGCCCUGCCCUUUCCGUUCCAGCAUAUUUCUCAAAGAACCUUACCGUAGCAAUCGUCCGGUGGAUAUAACCAGCUCAUUGGAAUUGAACCACAUCAUCGCCCGCGUGACAGGAAACAUCAAGAGCAACUUCGGUAUGUCCGUCAAUCUGGAGCACUCCUCUGCCAUCCCGGGGGCUCCGUCCAAGUCAGAAAUCUCCUGGACGGAACCCAUGUCCUUCGUCCUCGAUGGCAACAUCUCCUCCGAUUUCCUCACGAUGCCAUUGUUCGACGGAAUGCACGAAUGGCCGAUGGGCGGCAGCACUCCAGGUGCAGCGGCCACCCCAGGGGUCUUCGAUGGCCUCCAACAACAGCCCCCGCAACAACCCAAGCCACCGCACGCCCAACCGCUACAGCACCACCCACAACCACCCUUCAUGAACCCUCUCAUCGAGCCGAACCUCUUCUCCCCCGAGCAGCCCAUGGGCCCGCGCAUGCACCAACACCACCAGCACCAACAACAGCCGCUAGCGCCGAAAGACGCGCUGCUAGACGGAAGCAUGGCGCCUACGUUCGCAACGCACAGCCCGUACCACGCGCCGAUGCACGAGAUCACAUCACGGGGCAGCAUCAGCGACCAGUCGCAGCGGAGCUACGGGAGCAUCAGCAGCGUGAGCAGCAACAGCAGCAGCGGGAGCGGGAGCGGGUUCAGCACGCGGCGGGCGAGCGAGCUGGACUUCUCGUCGGGGUCGCCGGACCGGGACCGGGACAUGGAGCAGCAGAAGCGCGAGCGGUUCCUGGAGCGCAAUCGUGUGGCGGCCAACAAGUGCCGGCGCAAGAAGAAGGAGCACACGCGGCAGCUGGAGAGCCGCUGCAUGGAUGUGACGCAGGCCAACUCGGCGCUGGAGAGCGAAGUCGGCCAGCUGCGCAGUCAGAUCCUCGAGCUCAAGAACGAGCUGCUCAAGCACUCCAACUGCGACGACCCGGCCAUCAAAGCCCACCUCGCCCGCAUGGUCGCCAGCCUCUCCAAACGCAGCGUCUCCGUGUCCGCGCCCAGCUCCGCCGGCGAUGAUGCGCCGCCCCCUCUCUCGCCGGCCACCCGGAGUGCGGCUGGUCGUCCGUCUACGCCGCUCAUCUCUCCUCCUCCACCACUGCCAUCGCAGCAACCCCUCCGCGCGGAGGGACAGGCGGCCGCGUUCGAGUUCGAUGAUAUGGUCCAUCUACCCAAUGCUGCUGCUUUGAAGGUGGAGGAGGAUGAGGAGUUCCUGAAGGAGAGUCCGAGUCCAUGA